CACACAAUCAUUCGGUGCUUCUCGUGUCCUGUUUUAUAAAGAGAUUACACUACAAGGAAUCUUCGAGGCUAAAAUGGAUAUAAUGGCAAGAGUUGUGGCUUUAAUGGUUUUGACGUCUCCCGUAUCCGGAUACUCAGGUGGUGCGCCGGCUAGCGCAUGCGCAACGAUGAUUCCCGGUCACGGUGGAACAGCACAUACGUCGGUUGCGCCCUUCUCGCUAACUGUGUCUUCUGUUAUAAGUGGAUGUGUCAUCAACUCUAUAGCAGUGACGCUAGCGGGGACUGGCGGGACCAACUUCCGAGGCUUUCUGUGUCAGGCACGUUCCGCCAUGGACAGCGACACGACCGUGGGGACACUUGCCGAUGACGACACCACCGUCGCGUUCACAAACAAUUGUGGCGCGGGAUCGAUUACUCAUUCAGAGGGCAGUGACAAGGGAUCCGCAAAUUUCAAGUGGACUCCUUCCAGAGAAACUUCAAAUGUUCAUAUUGUCUGCACAGUGAUUCAGACGACAUCUAUCUACUGGGUGAAGGCCGUCCAUGCGCAGGUCUCCCCGUGCUCGAGUGCUGCACGUGCGACACUCACCUUCAUGGCGUCCGUCGGUGUCCUCCUCGCCUACGUCUUAUAAACGACCGCUGUCGAUUGCUACGUCGUUAGGGCAAGAUGCCAUACAGUUUGCCUUUGGGCAAUUUACAGGCCCUUCAAUACAAAUAUUGAAACUAUUUUUUUUCUUAUAUAUGAUACGUGAAGUCAUAAUUUUACACAUCAUAUUUUCCAAACAACCUGUGAAAAAUCGUGUGUAUGAUGCUGCCACAUACGUAAGUUUUAAGAGGUUAUUCGUUGUUUUUUUGUCAUUCUCAAAUUGUUUCGGAAUAUUAUACCUUGGUUUUAAUGCCCCCGGAUCUAAUGAUCGGGGGUGUACUGUUUUUGGCCUGUCUGUCUGUCAUUCUGUCACUAUGUCAUUCUGUCCCAAAACUUUAACCUUGGUCAUAACUUUUGCAUUAUUGAAGAUAGCAACUUGAUAUUUGGCAUGCAUGUGUAUCUCAUAGAGCUGCACAUUUUGAGUGGUGAGAGGUCAAGGUCAUCCUUCAAGGUCAAAGGUCAAAUAUAUUGUUUCAAAGCGGAGCAUUAGGGGGCAUUGUGUUUCUGACAAACACAUCUCUUGUUUAUGUCCACUUUUAUUAAAAUAGUCCGAUGUUUAUUUUGAUGUUUGGCAGUUUUUUUUCUGAACUGGUUUCAUAUUUUGACCUUUUUUUGAUGUAAUUUGUUGUUGAAUGGUUUAUUUGUGUCUGCUUAAAUGAACUUUAAUAUGUACAAUUGCAUAAGGCAUUAUUGAGUCAUUCAUGGAUGAUAUGUACACAUACAUAUUCAUAUGUAUCUGUCGUACGAACAUUCUAUUAAAAUAUUUUUUAAUCAUACUGCGUUUCGUUUCAUAUAACAUAAUUGCAUUUAUUA